AGUGGGGAUGACACAGAUACCAAGUCCUAGUCUGAGCGGCCGCUACAUUUAGGAGUCUGCGGUUCCCACUCUCAGAGGGGACCUAUGGUGGGGGGGACAUGGUGUCAGGGACGUGGGCACCAACCCCCCAGGGUCUCUGCUGCCGGCUUCUCUCCUCUCCAGGCUCUGGGACCCUAAGAGCCUAGGGAAGAACUCUGGGCAUCCAUCUCUCAGGGAAGAUUGCAACUCAGAGUGCAUCUCAGGGGGAAGAAUUUGAAACAAAAUCAGUUGAUCUCACAUGGCCUCCAGCCUCCUAAUGCCAACCCUUUUCUGCAUGUCUCCUUUGGGAAAGAGCCCAGGCGAUAUCGGAGCAUCAGUGACCACGGUUAAGCAGUCAGAAUUGCCAAUGGGAAUUUCCUAAUUUGGGGAACAUUCAACCUUUGCACACUGGAGACUUUUUGUGCACAGCUGGCAUUUCUUUCUCCUUGUCCCCGCAGGAUUCCGGCUGCAAGCGCCAUGGCGCAGGAGAACGCCGCCUUUUCCCCGGUGUCGGAGGAGCCACCCAGGCGCCGUGGCCGCCAGCGCUACGUGGAGAAGGACGGGCGCUGCAACGUGCAGCAGGGCAAUGUACGAGAGACCUACCGCUACCUGACCGACCUGUUCACCACGCUGGUGGACCUGCAGUGGCGCCUCAGCCUGCUCUUCUUCGUGCUCGCCUACGCACUCACUUGGCUCUUCUUCGGCGCCAUCUGGUGGCUCAUCGCCUACGGCCGCGGCGACCUGGAGCACCUGGAGGACACCGCGUGGACCCCGUGCGUCAAUAACCUCAACGGCUUCGUGGCUGCCUUCCUCUUCUCCAUCGAGACCGAGACCACCAUCGGCUACGGGCACCGCGUCAUCACUGACCAGUGCCCCGAGGGCAUUGUGCUGCUGCUGCUGCAGGCCAUCCUGGGCUCUAUGGUGAACGCCUUCAUGGUGGGGUGCAUGUUCGUCAAGAUCUCGCAGCCCAACAAGCGGGCCGCCACGCUAGUCUUCUCCUCUCACGCUGUGGUAUCGCUGCGCGACGGGCGCCUCUGCCUCAUGUUCCGCGUGGGCGACCUGCGAUCCUCGCACAUCGUGGAGGCCUCCAUCCGCGCCAAACUCAUCCGCUCGCGCCAGACGCUCGAGGGCGAGUUCAUCCCUCUGCACCAGACCGACCUCAGCGUGGGCUUCGACACCGGGGACGACCGCCUCUUCCUCGUUUCACCUCUUGUCAUCAGUCACGAGAUCGAUGCCGCCAGCCCCUUCUGGGAGGCGUCGCGCCGCGCCCUCGAGAGGGACGACUUCGAGAUCGUGGUCAUUCUCGAGGGCAUGGUGGAGGCCACGGGAAUGACAUGCCAAGCUCGAAGCUCCUACCUAGUAGAUGAAGUGCUGUGGGGCCACCGAUUCACAUCUGUGCUCACCCUGGAGGACGGCUUCUAUGAGGUGGACUAUGCCAGCUUCCAUGAGACCUUUGAGGUGCCCACACCCUCGUGUAGUGCCCGAGAGUUGGCAGAAGCUGCAGCCCGCCUCGAUGCCCAUCUCUAUUGGUCCAUCCCCAGCAGGCUGGAUGAGAAGGUGGAGGAAGAGGGGGCUGGGGAGGGGGCAGGCGGGGGAGACGGAGCGGACAAGGAGCAGAAUGGCUGCCUACCACCCCCGGAGAGUGAGUCCAAGGUGUGACUGGUUUUCUCCAAACCCCUGUGGCAGACCAGGGGGCUAGACACAGGUACAUGGAAGCUGCGGAGUGGAGAGGGAAGAAGAGGAGGCAGGCAGUGUCCCAAGGAAUGGCUAACGUUGGGAGAGGCCCACUGAGUCCAGGAUCCAGUGGGGAAGGAAGAAGUCCUGGUUUGAAGAGAGGAGAGGGUGGGGAUGAAAGAACACAUCGGUCUGUCUGUCUGACCUUCACAUCUGUUCGUGGGCGGAUGGAUGGACAGAAGGUCGGGCAGACAGAGACAGCCAAUGGAUAGCUUGGGUGACCUAUGGAUCAACAGUUGGUGACCCCAGGGCUGCCUUAACCUGCAGCACACCUUAGUGCAAAACCUACCAGUACCCUUUUCUUCCAGACAGAGGCAACCUCAAACCAGGGGACAUGGCUAAACCAAGGGACAUGGCUUAGGGAGUAGAGUGUCAGACCAAUUGCUGUCCCCACUCACCUCCUCAGCUGGCCUCCCUAUGUGUGACACACCUAGACACAGUGGCCACCAUUGAGCCAGAGAAAAGUAUGUGGAGGAGGGUAUAGAUGUGACCUAUCCAGCUUCACUAUCCCACUGUGAUAGGCUCAGAAAGGUGUCCACAGCCUUAAACCCUCAGGGGGUAGGCAAACAAGCAAUGGGGGUAGAUGCUGAGCAGCAGCCCUGGAAGAGGACCAGGAGAGACUGAGGACAGCGGUGGGUUUUUGAGGCAGCCGAGUGAAACCUUGCAGGUAGGUACUGCUUUAGAAACAAGAAAGCAGAGAGACUCUGAGGUGGAAGAAAGACCAAGGGAGACUUAAUAAGUGGUUUUAUGAGGGAAGCCUGAUCCCUGGGGAAAGUAGUUUAUCCUUGAGGCACAGCGACAGGGGAUCAUUCGAAAUAGGGAUUAGUAGGUAUCAGGUGUGACAUUCAAAGACCUGGUCCUAACACCAGAACACAGUACAGGUGGAGGUCAGAAAUACCCCACAGCAUCUGAAGGAAGUGUGGCUCACCCUAGGAGCCCACACAAGCUCUCAGAGUCAGAAGUGAGAGGGCAUUAGCAACCCAGAAGCUAAGGAUUGAGCAAGGGGGAGGAGCCCAGCAGUUACGGAGCUUUGCGUCACUCUCCUGGAAGACUUGUUAAAACAGAUUGCUGGGUCCCACUCCCAACAUUCUGACUCAGUAGGUCCGGGAUGGAAACCAAAAACUCUGCACAUCUAACUAGUUCCCAGAUCUAACAGGUUUCCCAGAUUGUGCUGACACUGUUAGUCCCGGCACUGCACUUGGAUGAGGAAACCAAGCGGAGGAGGAGCUGCAGGAGCUGAGAUGGCGAGGACCCUUAAGAACAGUAGAAAGAAGGGACAGGUCAGGGAGAGGGACCCAGGUCCAGGCUGAAGAGCUUAACUUUGGGUCCAAGAACUGAAGCGUCAGUGGUAACUUGUCAGUGACACGGAGGUGGCGUCUGGGAAGAGGAGCGGGCGACAGAGACAGGUGGGAACAGAAAGAAGGCCUUUGGGGACUUCUGGGGAGGCAGGGGGGAGCCGAAGCUGAAUGGGCCUCACCACAAAGGACCGACUGACUCUCUAACAGGACAAGGCAAGACGGACUAGGGUAGAAGACUGAGUUUAUACUUCUGGGUAUCUGCUGCCUGCCACCUGUCCUGCCAGGGCAGGGAACCCUGGAGAGACAUCCUCCCAUCCCACCUCCACUGCAUCCUGCCCUUGUCCCCAGUCAUCUCGGGCUGGUCAGGGGAGAACAAAGGCAAGUUGAGGAGCAGAAGACCCAUCAAGGGACUGGAGGCUGGCCCCCUGGGGCUCAGUGUAGCCCAGGUGGACACAGCCUCUGAUGGGGCCGGUUCAAACCUUGGCCCUGGCUGCACCCACUCCUGCCCUUGAAUAAAGGUCUGCUGUUCCGUGCCAGGCUAAGA